AUGUUCAAGCUGAGCAGCUUCUGCCUGGAUUCACAAAAGUGGACGAGGGAGUUGAGAGGAGGGAAGGAUGCGGAGUUUUAUCUCUCGGCAGUAAUCAAAAGAAGAAUAAAUAUGAAAAAACAGCUUAAAAUCUGCAUUCCGGUCAUCCUAGGGCUUUUGUUUGAGCAUGUGCUGCCAGAUGUGGCUGCAGGCAGAAGUCCAACUACUCAAAAAGCUGGCUCAUCAGUCUCUGAUGCAAACCUGAUGUUUGAGUUUUUACUGGGCGGGUUGGAAAUCGACCGAUACAACAACAUCGUUUUGCUUGACAAGGAGAUGGCAUCGAUGAGGUCGGGGCGGGCCUUUCUGUCUCAGAUCAAUGACAACAUUCCCAGAAGUGUGAGCUCCAUGGUGCAGAUGGUGACUGAACUGAAGAGGCAGAGGGGCAGGAGGCCGCUGACUCGCGAUCAGUUUGACAGUCUCAUCCUGAGCAUGGUGUACUCUGCCCAGCAGGCCUGGCAUCAGGAGAGAGAGGAGCAGGAGGCCUGGAGUGAAGUGCUGCUCCAGCUGGCAAACGUCACGGUCCAUGAACUACGUGGAAGUUAUCUGUUCAGUUAUGCAUGA